CUACGAUCCCCACAAUCCCUUUCGCUGGCGCGCAUGCUCGCAUCCUCCCAUGGAUCCAAGAUGGCCGACACAGGGACCGGUGGAUCUAGUAGCAGCUCGGGCGCGCGCUCUGGUGGCAAACACUCUACGACUCCUGCGGAUAACUACUAUUUGGCUCGAAGGCGGACCUUGCAGGUGGUGGUCAGCUCCCUCUUGACAGAGGCUGGGUUUGAGAGCGCGGAGAAGGCAGCUGUGGAAACCAUGACGGAGAUGCUCCAGAGCUAUAUAUCAGAAAUAGGGAGGAGCGCCAAGUCUGUCUGUGAACAUACAGCAAGGACUCAACCAACCCUUUCAGAUAUUGUUGUCACCUUAAUUGAAAUGGGCUUCAAUGUAGAAACUCUCCCUGCGUAUGCCAAACGGUCCCAGAGGAUGGUGAUCACUGCACCCCCAGUGACAAAUCAGCCUGUGACUCCCAAAGCCCUGACGGCUGGCCAGAACAAACCUCAUCCAUCCCAUAUACCCGGCCAUUUCCCAGAAUUCCCAGAUCCUCAUACUUACAUUAAAACACCAACGUACCGGGAGCCUGUCCUGGAUUACCAGAUCCUUCGAGAGAAAGCUGCUUCCCAAAGACGAGACGUUGAAAGGGCUUUGACCCGCUUCAUGGCAAAGACAGGAGAGACACAGAGCCUUUUCAAGGAUGAUGUCAGCACCUUUCCUUUGAUAGCCGCAAGGCCUUUUUCAAUACCUUACCUGACAGCUUUGCUGCCUUCUGAGUUAGAGAUGCAGCAGAUGGAGGAGACAGAUUCAUCAGAGCAAGAUGAUCAGACCGACACCGAGAACCUCCCUCUGCACGUGAGCACGGACGACUCAGGAGCUGAGAAGGAGAAUGCAUCAGUCUUACAGCACAACACCUCCCUUUCUGGCAGCCGAAAUGGAGAGGAGAACUUGAUAGACAAUCCCUACCUCCGUCCAGUGAAGAAACCCAAGAUCCGCAGGAAGAAGUGAAUUGCAGCGAGUUGUUGGGUGGUCAGAGGAAGCUUUUCAUCUUUUAGGAGACUCUAUGCUGUUGAAAUGGGGCAUAGGAAAAGCUGGAAGGUAUUGCUGGUUGAGGGCCUGAUGGAAUCUCCAAUUUUAUCUUUUCCCCAACAGUUUGUGAUGACUGGAGAAGAAGGCUAAAACAUUGAACUUAAGCAAGCGAUGAUCAUGCAGAGAGAACUCUUCAUCUCUCUGCUUCAGAGAAGGCUGCAUGUCAGUCUGCAAUAUUGGCAACAUCUCUUCUGAUUGAGGAUUUCAGACAAAAAGACAGUCUUGCUUACAUUUUUCCAGGUCUUCUGGAACAUCACAAGAAUCAACCCUUCUUUCUUAUUUUUUGUAAUUGUGUUAAGACACAGGUCAAAUCAUUGUGUGACACAUGAGUUGUUGGAUGAGAAGCAAUUGACGUUGCCAUCCAGAGAUCUUCUGUGGUGCCUUUUAAAAACUGAAACACUUCAGAACUAAACAGUUCAGACAUCUUCAAGCUCUUUUUGUAUUUGGAGCUGAUCUUUUGUGUUUUGGUCAGAUCUUAGCUCUGAUAUGAGAUGUUAGGCCAGGUGAGGGAAAAAUCAGCAAUAACAUCCAAUUCAGAAGAUAAAGUUGCCACAGGUCUGCCAAACGUAGGCUUUGAAAGCUAAUUCCACAAGAUGCCCAGUUCUUUAAGUGCAUUUGUAGUUCAAUAUGUUUAUUGUGGCCCUUUUGUCUUUACUUGGUUAAGAUAACUUUCUUUAGAAUUUUUUCACUGCACUUUAUGGCUCAAAGUGUUAGAUUUCAGGUCUCCAUAAUUUUAUAGCAGUAAUAUGUCUAUCUGCCUUUGGCCCAAAGAUUUACUUUCAAGAGCACCAGUCUCAUCAGUAGUUUGAAGCAGAAUAUAAAAUACUGCAAAGUUAAAACCUCAACUGUGUUUCCUGGGUUGCAUACAAUCUGUUCCAGGCAUAAAUUGUUUUUUAUUGAAAGUGAAAAAGAUGUUACUAUAUUGAAAAUCUGCAAUUGCCUGAAUGAGGGGCAAAAGAACAAAUGAUGCAGAAAGUAUGUUUUCGCUACUUAAAAUAACAGUAUCUGUAAUUUAAUUGAACAGCUUUAAGUGCCAUUGUAAUCUUAUUCCUCCAGUUGGAAAAGUGUCUCUGUGAUGUCAGUUCAUUGCAGAGUAUUUAAAUGAAAACAAGUGUUUGAAAAUAGCUGUUGUGAUCUUGGCUGGUAGUCCUUGCGAUCCAUCAUGUAUCUUCUAUUACGUCUUGAGUUGAAACAUGAAUAUAUCUCAAGGUAAAGAAAAUCUCAUUAUUUCUAUUAAAUCCUUGUGGUUUUCCUACUUCCAAUUGAAACUAAUUAAUAUCCACACAUUAUUCAGUUUUCUCCUUAAAAUGUAGAUUGUAUGGAAUGAAUACAUUUAUGUACUUGCAAUCGAGGAAAAUGAUUUUCUGUACAAUGGUUAAGGUAGAAAGAGUAUCACUGAAAUCUUUAAAGAAGGAGAAAUCAAAUAUUUGUGAAAAAAGUAAAAAAAAUCAAGCCAUCCAAGGCUGAUGUCCCCAGCCUCCUCCUGAAAAAUACAUCAUUUUUUGUUUUGUUCAGAGAAACUAUUGGUUUUAAGGUGUACCACUAGGGUACAAGCUACAUUAUUGCUUUAGUCUUCCCAAAUAUUUAUAGAGUAGGAAAGGGUAAAAUAAUUUUUCUUUUUCAAAUAUUCUGAUUGUUUUUCAGAAUAAAAUUAUAGAUUGGUUGGAUCUGGUAGAAAAGCCAAAGUAGCAUGAUUGCCUAAAGAAGAAUGGGUUUAGAUGUCGUGUUGAACCACUAGUUCAAUGAUUCCCAAAUUUGGGUCCUCUGAGGGUUUUGGAUUUCACCUCCCGGAAGUCUAGCCAGUAGUCAGGAAUUCUGGGAGAUGAAGUCCAAAACAUCUAAUGAAGCAAAAUUUGGGAAUGAUUGCAUUAAGCUGUCAGAGUUCCUUUGGCAAAUAUGUAUAUUUUUUCUAACCAUAGUCUGUGAUGACUUUUGCACUGGACAAAUUGGUGUGAACAUUUUGUUUGGGAGCAAUAUUAGCAAUUCUAAUCCCCCAUUGUUUGCAGGAACAUCUUAACCUCUUGGAAAAGCAGCUAGUUUGUACUAGAUUAGUUCUAGGAUGCUUGACUCUUUUCUGUCAAUGUUAGAUCCUAUUCAUGCUGUGAAAACACAAAUUAUCAUUGAACCAGUUUAGUCUUCAAUACGUGCUGAACAUUAGCUGAAAACUGGACCAUCUUUUGGUUUAUCCCAGGUAAUUAACCUGGCAGCAGAAUCCUGUUGGCUACAGUUCUUCUACCAAUUCCCCAAAUAAUUUCUUGCUCUUUCGGCUUCUCGAAAGUCUCAUGUUAGAAGAUGAAAUGUGCUGACUUUGAGAUGGGCAACUUUGCUUUUGGGCCAUCAUAUGAUUUGGAGACUACACUAUUCCAGAAACCUAGCAGCUGCAAUUGGGUUUCUGGGAUUAUUGGAAUUAUGUGACAACCUCAGCGGCUUUGUGCUUCACAAGGUGCCAGAAUGUACUAUCACCCUGUAGAGUAACAUAAUAGAAAGUCCCUUUUUGGGCGGAGAAAGAUGGAGAAAAUAGGGGUCUGAAGUACUGACAAAUGGAGCGUGAUGGGGAUCUCAAAAUUGCAUAGGGGGUAAAUAUUGCCUACCUUUGUCUUGUUCAGCUAAGUAAAGCAUUUACUGGUUAAUGUAAAGUGCACACACAUUUAUAAACAUUUCUGUUCAAAUUAUUGUAAGGGCCUGACUUGAUUGAGCAAAGUUUCUAUUUCCUCUAGCAGCUUCGGAGAGUAUCAUUAGAAUCCAGAGAUUAAGACAAAGUUUCUCCCAGUGGCUUCAAUACUUGCAGUUUUUAGUGUCAGUUUUUCUGUUAGAGUGCUUUUUAUCACAAAAGAAGAAGAAAUGUUAAAGAUGUUGGAAGUACCACUUCAAACCAUUUAGCUUGGCCAAUGUUAACCUGUCAUUGUCAGUCAUGCAGUGUACUUGUAUAGACAAUGUAAAUACAGCUGUAUAUUUCUACAUUUAUAUAUUUUGGUCACUGGUUAGGCUUAGCAGUUUUGAAAAAAGAAUAGCCAAAUACACCAAACAUAGUGGAAACAGUUUAUUUUUUCAGUUCAAAAUAAAAUGGUGCUUGCACAAGCCAAAUUGA